GGCAACCCGAGCUGGGGGCCUAAAAAUAGCCCCCAGGCGAGGCGUAGCCACCAGCCGCCCCGGUGACCUUCUGGGUGGCACAGGCCGGCAGAAGACAGGGCUGCUCAGGCCCACUGGGGACUCCUCCUUCAGGGCUCCACUCCACCCAGGUGCUCCUGUGGGCUCCAGGGUCUCCCACCGCUCACCCCCUCUGCAGUAGCCAUGCAGAAAGCCCGGGGGACCCGGGGAGAAUCUGUCAGCCCAAGGGCACCCCCCAGCCCAGGUGUGCCCCCAAAGAGGGCCAAGGUGGGGACUGGGGCUGGAGCUAGGGCUGGGGCUGGAAGUGGGGCCCGGGGGACAACAGCGGGAGCCCCAGUCUUUCUUCGGCAGCUGAAGAACACAGCCGUUUUCUCUGGCCGGGAUGUAAGGCUGCAGGUGGCGGUGAGUGGGACACCCCAGCCUGCCCUCAGCUGGUUCCGAGAUGGGGAUCCUCUUCCUGACCCAUCCCCGGACCCCAGCUGCCUCUGGCUCCGUGGCUGCCGGGCCCAGGAUGCAGGAGCAUACACCUGUACCGCCAGGAAUGAGAAGGGAGAGGCUUCCUCUACCGGCGUACUGACGGUGCUGGAGGUGGAAGUUUUCCGCUCCUGCAGAAAGCAAAGCUACGACUCGGAGACCGGUGAAGAUGAUAUCAGUGAUGCUCAAGGGACACAGCGCCUGGAACUACAAGAUGAUGGGGCCUUCAGCACUCCCACAGGGGGCUCAGACACCCUGGUGGGCUCCUCCCUUGACACCCCUCCGACCUCCGUGACGGGCACCUCUGAGGAGCAGGCGAGCUGGUGGGGCAGCGGGCAGACGGUGUUGGAGCAGGAGGCGGGCGGCAGCGCUGGUGGUGGUAGUUCCCGCCGGCUCCCAGGCAGCCCAAGGCAAGCACAGGCAGCCGGGGCCGGGGCCGGGCCGCGGCACCUGGGGGUGGAGCCGCUGGUGCGGGCAUCUCGUGCUAAUCUGGUGGGCACAAGCUGGGGGUCAGAGGAUAGCCUUUCGGUGGCCAGUGACCUGUACGGCAGCGCGUUCAGCCUGUACAGAGGACGAGCCCUCUCCAUACACGUCAGUGUGCCACAGGGUGGGCUUUGGAGGGAGGACCCUGAUCCUCAGCCCCAGCCUGCCAGUGAAGCUCCAAGACGGCCUGCCCAACCACCUCCUUCCAAAUCAGCUCUGCUCCCGCCACCCUCCCCGAGGGUGGGGAAGCGACCUCCUCCUGGGCCUGGUACACAGCCCCCUGCCACCCCCACCUUGCCCCAUAGGAAGCUUCAGGAGCCAGGGCCACCGGAAGAGUUGGAAGAGAAGAGGGGGAAGAAGCCCAAGUCAUCAGGGCCCUCGCUGGCGGGCACCCUGGAGUCUCGCUCCCAGACACCUCUGAGUGAAGCUUCGGGCCGCCUUUCUGGGGUGCGCUGCUCCCCGCGGUUGGUGCGAGCUGGCUCCCGGAUCUUAGACAAGCUGCAGUUCUUUGAGGAGCGUCGGCGCAGCCUGGAGAAGAGUGAUUCUCCGGUUCCUCUGAGGGCAUGGGUUCCCUUGCGGAAGGCGCGAUCCCUGGAUCAGCCAAAGACCGAAAGUGGCCAGUGGGACACACCAGGGACCUCAAGGGAAGAGUUACGGGGUGGAUCGCGAGGUGAGCUAGGUACUGUGGCAGAGAGGCGCUGGGCAUUUCGGCAGAAGGCAGCCUCACUGGACGAGCGGGUCCGGCAGCGUAGCCCCAGCCCCGCCUCUGACCUUGAGCACCGCUUUGCCCAGGAGCUGGGGCGCAUCCGCCGCUCGGCCUCCAGGGAGGAGUUAGUUCGAUCUCAUGAGUCCCUGCGGUCCACUUUGCAGAGGGCCCCAUCUCCCCGGGACCCAGCGGAGCCUCCCUUGUUCUCUAGCCCCUCUACCCCAAAGACUCCCCCACCAGAGAGCACCUCCACUAUUCAGCAGUUGGCCUUGAGCAGCGUGGGGAAGGUUGGUGAAGAGGCAGCAGGAAAGGGGUGCAGUGUGGCCAGAGGCCGAGGGCCGGCUGGCAGGACAGAACUUGGGGAAGGCCACCAGCAAGAGGUUCGACGGAGAGAACAGUUUCCACUUACUCGGGGGAGGGCUAUUCAGGAAUCCAGGAGCCCUGAGCCCCCUGAGCCCAGGACAAAAGCACAUCUAGCCCGGAAGAGGGAUCCUCCUGUGCAAGCUGUACGCUUUUUACCCUGGGCCAUGCCUGAGCCAGAGGGGACCGCCAUCCCCCCAAACCUGGAAAAGAACCAGCCUGGGCCUGAGGCAGAGAAGAGACUGCGGAGAGGCCCAGAGGAGGAUGGACCCUGGGGGGCCUGGGACCGGCGAGCACCCCGUAGCAAGGGCAAAGGUCAUCACCGGAUACGGCCUACCUCACCCGACCUUGAGUCCUCAGAUGAUUCCUAUGUCUCAGCUGGAGAGGAACCCUUGGAAGCUCCUGUCUUUGAGAUACCAUUGCAGAGUGUGGUGGUGGCUCCAGGGUUCGACACUAUGCUCAAAUGUAUUGUCACAGCCAACCCCCCAGCCCAAGUGUCUUGGCAAAAAGAUGGCACAACCCUCCAGAAUAGUGAGAGGGUCCUCAUCCGGGCUGAAGGUGAGCGGCACACUCUGUUGCUGCAGGAAGCCCAGUUAGCCGAUGCUGGUCACUACACCAUCACCGCCACCAACGAGUUGGGCCAGGCCAGCUGCAAUGCCUUGCUCUCUGUUGAACCUGGAGGGGCCACAUCCCCUUUCAGCAGCCCCAUCACAUCAGAUGAAGAGUAUUUGAGCCCUCCUGAGGAGUUCCCAGAACCAGAGGAGGCCUGGCACCGGUCUUCUGCCAUGAAGCUCAGCCCCAGCCAGAAUCAAAGCACCCCAGACACCAGCUCCAGGGCUCCCCCCAUCUUCAAGGUUUCACUCAUGGACCAGUCAGUAAGGGAGGGCCAGGAUGUGACCAUGAGCAUCCGAGUGCAGGGGGAGCCCAAACCUGUUGUCUCCUGGCUUCGGAAUCACCAGCCUGUACGCCCGGACCAAAGACGCUUUGCCGAGGAGGCAGAAGGUGGCUUGUGUCGGCUUCGUAUCCUAGCAGCGGAACGUGGAGAUGCUGGCUUCUAUACCUGCAAGGCAGUGAAUGAAUAUGGCACCCGGCAGUGUGAGGCCAGACUGGAGGUCAGAGCGCACCCUGAAAGUCGGUCCCUGGCGGUGGUGGCCCCCCUGCAGGACGUGAACGUGGGGGCCGGGGAGAUGGCUCUCUUUGAGUGCCUGGUCACAGGCCCUUCGGAUGUGGAGGUAGACUGGCUGUGUCGGGGCCGGCUGCUGCAGCCUGCCCUGCUCAGGUGUAAGAUGCACUUUGAUGGGAGGAAGUCCAAGCUGCUGCUCACAUCUGUGCACGAAGAUGACAGUGGCGUCUAUACCUGCAAGCUUAGUACAGCCAAAGAUGAACUGACCUGCAGCGCCCGACUGACUGUUCAGCCCUCGAUGGCACCAUUGUUCACCAGGAUGUUGGAGGACGUGGAAGUUCUGGAGGGCCGUGGAGCUCGGUUCGACUGCAAGAUCAGUGGCUUGCCACCCCCCACCGUCACCUGGACUCAUUUCGGUAACCCCGUGGAGGAAAAUGAGAAUGUGAGGCUGAGGCAUGAAGGGGGCCUUCAUUCCCUGCUCAUAGCCCACGUGGGCAGUGAGGAUGAAGGUCUGUAUGAAGUCAGUGCCACCAACAUUCAUGGCCAGGCCAACUGCUCUGCCCAGCUCUACGUGGAAGAACCUCGCUCAUCCACCUCAGGUCCCAGCUCCAAGUUGGAGAAGAUGCCUUCGAUCCCUGAGGAGCCUGAGCAGGGGGAGCUGGAGCGGUUGUCCAUGCCCGAUUUCCUCAGGCCGCUGAUGGACCUGGAGGUGGGGCUGGCCAAGGAGGUUGUGCUGGAGUGCCAGGUGACUGGACUGCCCUACCCCACCAUCAGCUGGUUCCAUAAUGGGCAACGCAUCCAGAGUUCUGACGAUCGUCGAAUGACACAGUACAGGGAUGUACAUCGACUGGUGUUCCCAAUGGUGGGGCCACAGCAUGCUGGUGUCUACAAGAGCGUCAUCGCUAACAAGCUGGGCAAGGCUGCCUGUUAUGCCCACCUCUAUGUCACAGAUUUAGUGCCUGGUCCUCCUGAUGGGCCCCCACAGGUGGUGACUGUGACCGGGAGAAUGGUUAUGCUCAAAUGGAACCCUCCCAGAAGCGUCGACAUGGCCAUUGAUCCAGACACCCUGACCUACACAGUUCAGCACCAAGUGGUAGGUUCAGGCCAGUGGACAGCUCUGGCCACAGGCCUCCGGGAGCCAAGUUGGGCAGCCAUGGGGUUGCGCAAAGGAGCACAACACAUCUUCCGAAUCCUCAGCACCACAGUCAAGAGCAGCAGCAAGCCUUCCCCAGCCUCUGAACCUGUGCAGCUGUUGGAACGGGGCCCCGUUCUGGAAGAAGCCCCUGUCGUACUGGACAAGCCAGAUGUGGUGUAUGUGGUAGAGGGGCAGCCAGUCAGUGUCACUGUCACCUUCAACCACGUGGAAGCCCAGGUUGUCUGGAGGAGCUGUCGAGGGGCACUGCUGGAGGCACGUGCAGGAAUGUAUGAGCUAAGCCAACCAGAUGAUGACCAGUACUGUCUGCGCAUUUGCCAUGUGAAUCGUCGAGAUGUGGGGCCCCUCAGCUGUACAGCACGAAAUCGGCAUGGCACCCAGGCUUGCUCUAUCACCCUGGAACUAGCAGAGGCACCACGGUUCGAGUCCAUCAUGGAGGAUGUAGAGGUUGGAUCUGGAGAGACAGCUCGUUUUGCCGUUGUGGUGGAAGGGAAGCCACUGCCAGAUAUCAUGUGGUACAAGGAGGAGACCCUGUUGGAAGAGAGCAGCCACGUGAGCUUUGUGUAUGAGGAGAGUGAGUGCUCCUUGGUCGUGUUGAGCACGGGACCCCAAGAUGGCGGCGUCUAUACCUGCACAGCCCGCAACCUAGCGGGGGAAGUAUCUUGCAAGGCUGAGCUUGCCAUUCGAACAGCUCAGACAUCCAUGGAGAUUGAAGGAGUGGGGGAAGAUGAAGAGCUACGGGGAAGGAGGCUUAGUGACUUUUAUGAUAUCCAUCAGGAGAUCGGCAGAGGUGCCUUCUCCUACCUUCGUCGGGUGGUGGAACGGAGUUCUGGCCUCGAGUUUGCUGCCAAGUUCAUCCCAAGCCAGGCCAAACCAAAGGCAUCUGCACGUCGGGAGGCUGGGCUAUUGGCCAGGCUCCAGCAUGACUGUGUCAUUUACUUCCAUGAAGCCUUCGAGAGGCGACGGGGACUUGUUAUCGUCACUGAACUUUGCACAGAAGAGCUUCUAGAACGAAUGGCCAGGAAACCAACUGUGUGUGAGUCCGAGAUCCGGGCCUAUGUGAGGCAGGUGUUGGAGGGGCUCGCUUACCUUCAUCAGAGCCAUGUGCUGCACCUGGACAUCAAGCCAGAGAACUUGCUGGUGUGGGAUGGGGCUGGGGGUGCAGAGCAAGUGCGAAUCUGUGACUUCGGCAAUGCCCAGGAACUGACGCCAGAGGAACCUCAGUACUGCCAAUAUGGCACCCCUGAAUUCGUGGGGCCAGAGAUUGUCAACCAGACACCUGUGUCCAGAGUCACCGAUGUCUGGCCUGUGGGUGUUGUUGCGUUCCUCUGUCUGACUGGGAUCUCGCCCUUUGUUGGGGAGAAUGACCGGACGACACUGAUGAACAUCCAUAACUACAACGUGGCCUUUGAGGAGACGACGUUCCUCAGCCUGAGCCGAGAGGCGCGAGGCUUUCUCAUUCGGGUUCUGGUUCGAGACCGGCUGCGGCCCACAGCCGAGGAAACCUUGGAGCACCCUUGGUUUAAGGCAACGGCACAGGGUGCAGAUAUCAGCACUGACCACCUGAAGCUGUUCCUGUCCCGAAGGAGGUGGCAGCGUUCCCAGAUCAGCUACAAGUGCCAUCUGGUGCUGCGCCCGAUCCCAGAAUUGCUGCGAGCUCCCCCUGAGCGGGUGUGGGUGGCAGUGCCUCGGCGCCCACCCCCAGGGGGUCUUUCAUCUUCCUCAGACUCAGAAGAGGAGGAACUGGAGGAAUUGCCCUCCGUGCCUCGGCCGCUGCUGCCUGAGUUCUCUGGCUCACGAGUCUCUCUCACUGACAUCCCCACUGAGGAUGAUACCCCUGGGGCUCCUGACGCUAGGGAUUCCACCCCCAUGGACUGGCAGGAGCAGGGUGGGCCCCCUCCAGGAGAUGCUAGUGCCCCCGGCUCUCAGGCACUCCCCUCCCCAGGCCCACAGCCCCGAGAAGUGGCUGCUCCCCGCCGGGGGGAACUUCGAAGGGGUAGCUCAGCAGAGAGUGCCUUGCCCGGGGCAGGGCUGCGGGAGCCGGGCCGGGGGCUGCAGAAGGCAGCCUCUGUAGACCUGCCCCAGCGCCGCAGCCCUAGCCCGGGGGCUGCCCACCUGGCCAGGGGGGGCCUGGGUGAGGGGGAGUAUGCCCAGAGGCUCCAGGCCCUGCGUCAGAGGCUCCUUCGGGUGGGUCCUGAAGAUGGCAAGGUCAGCGGCCUCAGGGGACCUCUCCUAGAGAGCCUGGGGGGUGGAGGAAGGGCCCGUGACCCCCGGAUGGCAAGGGCCGCCUCCAGUGAGGCAGCCCCCCGACACCCACUGCCCCCUGAGGCCCGCAGCCUUCAGAAAAGCAGUAGUUUUUCCCAGGGGGAGACAGAACCCAGGGGCAGGCACCGACGGGCAGGAGCCCCCCUGGAGAUCCCUGUUGCCCGACUAGGAGCCCGGAGGUUACAGGAAUCACCUUCCCUGUCUGCCCUAAGUGAAGCCCAACCUCACAGCCCUGCCAAACCCAUCCCUGCCAAGCUAUCUCCUACAAAGCCUGCUUCCCCAGGACCCACUGAGCAGCCCUUGGCUUCCUCCAGGGGCUCUCCCCGGCCAGGGCCCCCUAAGACUGCGCGAGAAGAGCAAGUGCCUAAGCCAGGACCUUCCAGAACUCUAGAACCCUCAAAAGCAGCUGUGGUCUCCCCGGUCCCAGAGACCCCCCUUACCCCCUAUGCCCAGAUCAUGCAAUCUCUCCAGUUGCCUGGUGCCCCGAAGAUCGUCCUGGGCCCUCCCCCCGAGCCUAAGCCCCAUGCGGCUGUCUUUGCCAAGGUGGCUUCUCCACACCCCGGGAAGCAAGGGCUGGGAGUCAAGGGGCUUGCUCCUUCUUCUGGGGAGAAGACCAUGAUUCCCUCAAGGCCUACUGGCUCAGAUAGGAGCUUAAGCAGCAUUGAAAAUCUGGACUCGGAGGAAGUGUUUGAAGCUAAAUUCAAGAAAAGUCGCCAGUCUCCCCUGGCUCGGAGACUGAGGAUGCUGAGCCGCUCUCAGUCCGAGGAGCGGGGCCUUUCCCGGGGAUCAGAAGAGGAAGAUGGCAUGUAUAGGCCCAGCCCAGCUGGGACCCCGCUAGAGCUAGUGAAACGGCCUGAGCGAUCCCGUUCUGUGCAAGACCUUCGUGGGCCUGGGGGGUCUGGGGAGCUGGGGCUGGUACGACGCCUCUCCCUGUCCCUGUCCCAGAGGCUUCGCCGGACACCUCCCUCCCAACGUCACCCAUCCUGGGGGUCUCCCCGGGCUGGGGACGGUGAGAGCUCAGAAGGGGGUGACUCAGCCAGGGGAUCCCCGGUGCUGGCUGUUCGGAGGAAGCUCAGCGCCACCCUGGAGCGACUCUCUGGGCGUCUGCACAGGAGUGGCAGCAGUGAGGAGUCUGGAGGCCGGUCUGGGGGGAGCACCCCACUGUUGGGCCGGCUGCGCAGGGCAACAUCUGAGGGGGAGAGCCUACGACGCCUCGGCCUGCCCCACAACCAGCUGUCGGCCCAAGCUGGCGCAGCCACACCGUCGGCGGAGUCGCUGGGUUCUGAGGCUAGCGCUACCUCAGCUUCUUCAGGUCCUGGGGAAGGCCGGACCCGGUCCCGCUGGGAUCGCUGGGGCCUGUCAAGGUCACGGAAGGACAAAGGGUCAUCGCAGCCUAACCUCUCAGCCAGCGUCCAGGAAGAUUCCGCUUUGGACUAUCAAUAUGUGCGCAGUGAGUCAGACUUUCCUCCUGUCUUUCAUAUCAAGCUGAAGGACCAGGUGCUGCUGGAAGGGGAGGCAGCCACCCUCCUGUGCCUCCCAGCAGCCUGCCCCGCACCCCACAUAUCCUGGACGAAAGACAAACAGUCCCUUCGGUCAGAACCGUCAGUCACUAUAGUGUCCUGCAAAGAUGGGCGGCAGCUCCUGACCAUCCCUCGUGCUGGGAAGCGCCAUGCGGGGCUGUAUGAGUGUUCCGCCCGUAAUGCCUUGGGCAGUGCCACCAGCUCCUGCACGCUGGCGGUGGCCCGCCUUCCGGGCAAGCUGGCUCCCCCUGAAGUGCCCCAGAAAUACCAGGACACAGCAUUGGUGGUGUGGAAGCCUGGAGACAGUCGAGCACCUUGUACAUACACAUUAGAGCAACGUAUAGAUGGGGAAUCUGUAUGGCACCGUGUGGGCUCAGGCAUCACUGACUGCUACUACAACGUGACCCAGCUGCCACAGGGCAUAACUGUGAGGUUUCGAGUGGCCUGUGCCAACCGAGCUGGGCAAGGCCCCUUCAGCAAUGCGUCAGAGAGGGUCCUUGUUGGGAAAGCCACAGAUACCCUGGUUUUGAAAUCUACCACUCAACAAGAAAUCCCUGUUACCUCAGUGCCAGCUGGGACCCCCAUUCCUUCCACUCCUACCUCACCUAUCUCUCCCACAGCCCCAGCCUCUGCAGCUUCCCCAGCCUCUCCAACCCCGGCCACACCAACCUCAGCUGCCCCAGUCCCAGCGUCUCCAGCCCCAGAUUCCCCAGCUCCAGCCUCUCCAACCCCAGCCCCCUCAACCCCAGCCUCCCCAGCUCCAGCCACACCUUCCCCUGCCACCUCAGCGCCCUCCUCUCCAGUCACUCCAGCCCCAGCUCCUGAGCCCACAUCUAUCUUGGCUCCAGCCUCUCCACAGUCUCUUCCUUCCACCCCAACCUCCCCCUGUCCCCCAUCACCCCUCAGCCAGGUCCAGUCUCACCUCAAGGCUGUAGGCCCACCUCCCCCAACUCCUCCAAGAAAGCACAGGGGUCUGCUGCCUGCACGGCAAGCAUCUCUCAGUGAUCAACCCCCACCUAGUAGGCCGGAGUCUCUUGUCCCCAACACAAAAGCCCCAUCCCCUAGCACCUGUGAGAGUAAACCAACCUCUUCCCCAGCCCCUAGGUAUAUGGUGACGUCUUUUGUGUCAGAACCCACUAUCCCUGAGCCCCAAGCCCCUGAGCCUACCCCCAGCCCCACUAAGAUGACUGUGCGCAGCCUUACCCCAGCCAAGGAGAGGGUCAGCUCUCCAGGAAGUGGACCCCCCAGCUCUCCUGGCCCUGAGAGCACCACACUUCGUCAGGGACCUCCCCAGAAACCCUACACUUUCCUGGAGGAAAAGGCCAGGGGUCGUUUUGGUGUGGUGAGGGCUUGCCGGGAGAACGCCACAGGCCGGUCAUUCGUGGCAAAGAUCGUCCCCUAUGUGGCUGAAGGGAAGCAGCGGGUGCUUCAGGAGUAUGAAGUGUUACGCUCUCUACACCAUGAGCGGCUCAUGUCCCUGCAUGAGGCGUAUAUCACCCCCCGCUACCUUGUGCUCAUCGCGGAGAGCUGUGGGAACCGUGAGCUGCUCUGCGGACUCAGUGAACGGUUUCGGUACUCCGAGGAUGAUGUGGCCACAUACGUGGUCCAGCUGCUGCAGGGUCUGGAAUAUCUACAUGACCACCAUGUGUUGCAUUUGGACAUCAAGCCCGACAACUUGCUGCUCACACACGACAAUGCUCUCAAGAUUGUGGACUUUGGCAGUGCCCAGCCCUAUAGCCCCCAGGCCCUGCAGCCCCUGGGGCAUCGCACUGGCACGCUGGAGUACAUGGCUCCUGAGAUGGUGAAAGGUGAACCCAUUGGCUCUGCCACAGACAUCUGGGGCGUUGGUGUGCUCACCUAUAUCAUGCUCAGUGGACGCUCCCCAUUUUAUGAGCCAGACCCCCGGGAGACAGAGGCCCGGAUUGUGGGGGGCCGCUUUGAUGCCUUCCUGCUGUACCCCAAUACCUCCCAGAGUGCUGCCCUCUUUUUGCGCAAGGUCCUUUCUGUCCACCCCUGGAGCCGGCCUUCACUGCAGGACUGCUUGGCACACCCCUGGCUUCAGGACGCCUACCUGAUGAAGCUCCGGCGCCAGACAUUGACUUUUACCACCAACAGGCUGAAGGAGUUCCUGGGGGAACAGAAACGCCGACGGGCAGAGGCUGCCACCCGCCAUAAGGUGCUGCUCCGCUCCUACCCUGGCAGCCCUUAGCCUUCUGGACCCCAGAUCCCUGGCCUCCUGGACCUCAGACCCACCCCUCCCCCCAGCCUCCUGGACCCUGCACUCUGGGAUCCCUGCAAUCCAGCUCCUGGACUUCCAUGCCCUUGUACACGGGCCAUUCCAGGGGCUUCUGGCAGUAUGGGGGUAGGGUGGGAGAAGGCAGAGAGGCCAACGGGGACCGGAUACCACCAGCAACAGCCAACCAGGUGGCAUUACCUCAUGGACCCAAGGGCAGCGGGAGCCCCAGGGAUAACAUAAGCCCCAUCUGGGGUGCGACGAGCUUCAACCAGGCUGAAGGACUGAGGGCUGGGGGAGAUGAGGGACAAGGAGAGAGGGAGUAAAGAGUCAGAAGACUGGGGUGGAGGGCAGAAGGGGGCAGAUACAAAGAGAAAUGGUAAAGGGGAGGUCAUGGAGGGAGUUUAGGUGUUGGACUUGGAGCCCUUGGGGGAGAGAUGGGGGGGAAUCUGAGCAGGGUAGGCGUAAGCACUAUUACUGAAGACAAGAAAGUGCAGGAAUAGGAAAUGAGACGGCCAGCAUCAUGAGGCGGAUGGGAUGGGAGCCAUCAGGGAAGGGAUUGAUAAACCAGAAAGGGAAGCAGCAGGAGAGAUAGGGAUGGGACAUCAGGAGGCCAGUUAGGCAGGUGAGUGAUGAAGCCUAGGAAAGUGGGGAGGAGGUGUUCAGUGUGUUGGGGUGGGACGGGGGCAACUGGGCUGCAGGCCCAGCAAGACUACAUCCUGGGACAAGGGGGUUCAAGAACAGGAUGGCCCAGAGGUUGGGAAUCAGUGAGCGGAGAGGCCAGAGAGGCCAUCCUUCCUCUUCUCUCCUUUCUCUGCCCAAUGAGGGGGAGGGGGUCUUGCUCCUGUCCUCCCAGCUUGUGGCCCAAGGCUUCUUGUACUGGGCCUGAAAUGGUCCCACCACCUUCCUCCUCCCUCCCCCCCAAUCCUCAAAGUCUCUGCCCUCACCACCCUCAUAUUUAUUUAUUUAUUGACUUUUGUGAAGUUUUCCCUUCCUCUCUCCAUCUUUCACCCAACCCCCAUCUCCAGUGUUGUCCUGUGCCCUGCCUAUCUCUCCAGCCUCCAUCUAUCUGUCUGUCUGUCCCAGGGCCAAUAAAAACAACAAGCACCAGG